CAAAAAAUAUGAGUUGGGCCAGUCCAGUGCCAGUCCAAUUCUACACCCAGGAGGACGCAAUCGCUGAAAUGACUUCGGAGGCGGAAGGGAAAACUUCAAACUCAAACUUCAAACUUUUUGAAGAAAGCAUUCUCGAGCUUCUGAAUAUUAUUGGGGAGUGCAGUGGGAACUCCUUUUCGAAACAGAAGCUAACCGAACUGCAAGAUGCCAUUGCGACCAUAGACAGAGCCAUGCUCCUCUAUCCGGGGAGUGCCAAGGAGAAGCUGGACAAUCUGCGUUCCCGAUCCACGAAGGUCCAUCGCUCGUACAGCAACUGCGUCAAUCCGGUCCUCCUGACCAGUGCAUCGGUCGGCAAGACCCUGUAGCGUGUAACGGUAUUCUGAGCUGUUUAGGAAGGAUUCGUACUUGCGAGGGCACGCUAUAGAGUCCGGCUCUAGCUCGUCGGCUUUGGGGAUGGAGAUCUUGCUUCGUACCAAUCCUAACACGGCCACAUUUAAUAUUAAAUAAAGUCCAGAAUUGAGCGUGCUGGCGACAAGAUAGACAAAUAGAUGCUAAACCGGAAGAGCGGAAGAAUUAAUUCGACGCGAGAUAGGGUUAGAAAGAGAGAGAGAGUAGAGAAGUAGAAAGUUUGCGAUGCCAUAGAUGUAAAUAGGCUCGCGUACUGCCCACCCUACCUUUGGUCACAGUCCGAUAAAGCAUUGCUUUAGUGACCCCUUUAACACCCUACGACCGUGGAGUCAUCUGCUCAGUUCAAACAGGAGGUAUUCAAUUCAUUAUAAAACGGAUUUAAUUCAAAAUAAAACUAAUAAAAAUUUGGCUAAGGCUAAAGAGGGGUUUGACAUUA